UUUAGAAUAAUCAUAUAGCAGCUGUGCACCAGUUCAAAGUACACUAGUAUCAGCAGAUCCUCUCCUGAGCCCUGGCAAAACCAGCUCUGCGCGAGGACGUUUAGACAACAUUGGAAAGGAUUCACUGUAUUAAACGUGUGUGGUUAGCAUGGAAACUGAGGGCAAGGUGAUCAAGUGCAAGGCAGCAGUGGCCUGGGAACCAGGAAAACCAUUCUCCAUUGAGGAGGUGGAGGUUGCCCCUCCCAAAGCACAUGAAGUACGAAUUAAGAUAGUAGCAUCUGGAGUAUGCCACACAGACUGGACUUUCCUCCAUGAGGUUGGUAAAACUAUGAAUCCCCAGCCCUUUCCUGUGAUUUUGGGACAUGAAGGGGCAGGAGUGGUGGAAAGUGUUGGUCCAGGUGUCACAAAGAUGUCCAAAGGAGAUAAAGUUAUUCCUCUAGUCGUGCCACAGUGUGGACAGUGUGAACGCUGUCUGAGUCCAAAGACAAACCUAUGUACAAAAAACUGGGAGAUGAAUCAGAAAUGUCUUCUUGCAGAUGGCACCAGCAGGAUCACCUGCAAGAAUCAGCAGAUUUACCAAUUUAUUGGUGUCAGCACCUUCUCUGAAUACACUGUUGUGCCAGAGGACAAUGUCACCAAGAUUCACCCGGAUGCUCCACUGGACAAAGUCUGUCUGCUGGGCUGUGGAGUGUCUACAGGAUAUGGAGCAGCAGUGAACACAGGCAAAGUAGAAUCUGGCUCUACAUGUGCGGUGUUUGGUUUGGGAGCUGUUGGACUGGCAGCUGUCAUGGGAUGCAAGGCUGCUGGAGCUUCCAGGAUCAUCGCUGUAGACAUCAAUCCAGACAAGUCUGAGAUCGCCAAGACUUUUGGAGCAACUGAGUUUGUGAACCCUAAAGAGCACAGUCAACCCAUUCAGGAGGUGCUGAGGAAGCUGACUAAUGGUGGCGUUGACUUCUCUCUUGAGUGUGUGGGGAAUGUAGGAGUAAUGAGGUCCGCUGUGGAAGCAUGUACUCCUGCAGGGGGAGUCUGUGUUAUGGUGGGCUGGACCAGGAUGGGAGAACUUACUCUGGUUUCUGAGGAUAUUCUACUAGGAAAAACUCUAAAAGGCUCCUAUUUUGGCGGUUGGAAGAGUGCUGAGGCAGUGCCCAAGCUGGUACAGGAUUAUAUGAGCGGGAAGCUUCUGCUGGAUGAAUUUGUGACACACAGACUGACUCUAGAUCAGGUUAACCAGGCCUUCGAGCUUAUGAUCACUGGGAAGAGUAUCCGUACAGUGAUCAAUAUGUGAGACUGAACAGAAUUAAACAGAAGUGUGUAUAUUCUGUUCUGACUUCACAUCGAUCAGAGAAGAAUCUGUGUUGUCAUCAUGCAAUGCAAUAAUGCAACAAAGCUGCAUAGGUCUCAGUUCAAAUCUCAUGGGUCCCAAAUCUUAAUCAACAUUAUUGUACAGUAAACAUGAAUAAACUUGUCAUUCAUAUUCAGUAUAGCUUAAUAUCUACUGUAUAGAGAAAUGCUUAUAUUCUCAAGGAAUAUGUAUUGAGGCACAAUGUAGCUGUUUCAUACUAUAAAGCUUAUUCUGAUGCA